AUGGGUAGAAGGAAGAUUGAGAUCGAGCCCAUCUCCGAGGAGCGCAACCGGACAGUCACCUUUGCGAAGCGCAAGGCCGGACUGUUCAAGAAGGCUCACGAACUCUCUGUUUUAUGUCAGGCCGAUUUAGCCGUCAUCAUCAUUGGAAACAACCAUAAGUUGUUUGAAUAUUCGUCCGUGGACAUGGACGAUUUGUUGACUCGAUACUCAGGCUACGACCAGCCCCACGAGCAGAAGACCCCGAAGGACUACGGUGAUUACGAGAAAAAAUCGCGUGUUUCGAGCGACCAGGACUACAAGAGGGGUUCUUACGAUAAGAAAUAUGUCGCUGAAGAAGCCGAUAACGAUGAAGAGUCAGAAGACGACGAUGAUGUUCCACCAUCUAAACGAGUCAAGAGGACCAGAGCUGAACGUGACGAAAAACCAGUGAUCAGAAAAACUCCAAAUCGCGGAUCUCGACUUGCCAGCAUGGAAACUCCUCCAUCUGACAAAUCCACGCUGCCCCCAUUCACUUCUGGAUUUGCUUCCCAUACCCCAAAGAACCCGCUAGCUGCUUACCCCACUUCAAGUCCCAUCAACGAGUUCCAUGCCCGUCGGCCGCAAUUGCGUGUGACCAUCCCCAAAUCUCAGGAGAACAAAUCCGAGAACGAUAGUGCGGUUACUGUCUCUAAAGGAAUACCAGAAAAUGGUCGCAAAGGAUCCUCUCCUCAGCAGCCAAGCUCUCAGUCGAACUCCUCCGACUCAACGUCUAGGAGACUGUUUGGCAAUCAGUCGGACUCGUCCGCAGUGCUGGGCAACUUGACUAGUAACGGAAAUAACCAGAAAUAUUUUGCCAAUGGCUCAACUGUUUUGCCGCAAUUGGAUAACGAUUCUGCAAAAUCCACACCUUUAUCAGCAACGGCUCCAGGUGGGAAUAUCUUUGGCCUUCCACAACUAUCACCUUCAUCUCAAUUGCCUUUGCCCAACCCGACUCCGUCUCAAAAUCCCCACCAGCAACAGCUGCAGCAACAGCUUCAGCAGCUCCAGCAGCAACAGAACCAUGGUAAUCCUCGGAACGGGGUUUACGGUGCUACCUCCAAUCCUGGAACGAACACUGCCAACGGCUACGGACCCACGUUCAUGUCGAUAUACGGCAAUGGUCCUACAACUGCUCUAUCAAGACCGUUCCUGUCUGGUGCAAAUCCUGGAGAACAGACGCCUGUGAGCGCACUUCCUUCCAAGUAUGUGAACGACCUGUUUCCAUCUCCUAACAACUUCUACAGCAACGAGUGGAAUAUCCCUUUCGGAACGGGUACAACCCCAUUACCAACGUCUGCCCCACACCUAUUGCCUAUGCCCAACGGUGGGACCUCGGCCACACCAUCGACUCAGCCAGGAGGUGCCAACCACUUGAUUUUCAAUAGAAGUGGCUCCACGGGUGGAAACUACUCGGAAAUGCUGCCAAGUCCGCUGCAGAUGAUGAUGGGAACUACUGGAGGUAAUCAAUUUCCUCCGGCGUUUAAUUCCCAGGCCUAUGAGACUCCAGCGAAGAAGAAGCGAAGAUGA